UCCGGCUGCUUAGAGGAUUACCAUGUCUGCUCAAGACGAAGGAGGCCGGGAUCCCCCCAAACGCAAGGGCAAGACCCUGGGCAGCUUCUUUGGGUCCCUGCCUGGCUUCAGUUCUGCCCGGAACCUGCUGGCCAACGCCCACAGCUCAGCGAGAGAGGCCCGGCCAGUCGCUGAUCCCACAGGUGCUCCAGCCGCUGAGGCUGCGCAGCCCCGGGCUCAGGCGGCCACCGACCCGGAGCAGAUGGCCAGGGGCGUAGAGAAGACGUUGCCGCCUUCAGACAAGGUGAUCUCCGCAACAAAGGACCUAGUGUGCUCCAAGGUGACCAGGACCAAGGAUGCCAUCUCCUCUGGGAUGGCCAACGUGGUGGACACAGCUAAAGACGUGGUCCAGGGGGGGCUGGUUAUGACCCGAUCCACACUCACAGACACCAAGGAUGCUGUGGCCAGCGGGGUAACCGGGGCAGUGGGCGUGGCCAAAGGGGCCGUACAGACGGGAGUGGACACGACCAAGACUGUCCUGACUGGCACCAAAGAUGCAGUGUCCACUGGGCUCACCGGGGCAGUGAACAUGGCCAAGGGCACUGUCCAGACUGGCAUGGACACCACCAAGACCGUUCUAACAGGCACCAAAGAUGCGAUGUCCACUGGGCUCACUGGGGCAAUGGGUGUGGCCAAGGGCGCCGUCCAGACUGGCAUGGACACCACCAAGACCGUCCUAACGGGCACCAAAGAUAUUGUAUCUACUGGGCUCACUGGGGCAGUGAAGAUGGCCAAGGGCACUGUCCAAACUGGCGUGGACACCACCAAGACCGUCCUAACUGGCACCAAAGAUGCGGUGUCCACCGGGCUCACUGGGGCAAUGGGUGUGGCCAAAGGAGCCGUCCAGACCGGCAUGGACACCACCAAGACUGUCCUAACUGGCACCAAAGACGUUGUAUCUGCUGGACUCACUGGGGCAGCGAACAUGGCCAAGGGCACUGUCCAAACUGGCAUGGAUACGACCAAGACCGCCCUGAUUGGCACCAAAGACGUUGUGUCUACUGGACUCACUGGGGCAGCGAACAUGGCCAAGGGCACCGUCCAGACUGGCAUGGACACCACCAAGACCGUCCUGACUGGCACCAAAGACAUUGUAUCUGCUGGACUCACUGGGGCAGCGAACAUGGCCAAGGGCACUGUCCAAACUGGCAUGGACACCACCAAGACUGUCCUAACUGGCACCAAAGAUGUUGUGUCUACUGGACUCACUGGGGCAGCGAACAUGGCCAAGGGCACUGUCCAGACUGGCAUGGAUACGACCAAGACUGUCUUGACAGGCACCAAAGAUGCAGUGUCCACCGGGCUCACUGGGGCAAUGGGUGUGGCCAAGGGGGUCAUCCAGACUGGCGUGGACACCACCAAGACCGUCCUGACUGGCACCAAAGACGUUGUGUCCACUGGGCUCACUGGGGCAGCGAACAUGGCCAAGGGCACUGUCCAAACUGGCAUGGACACCACCAAGACCGCCCUGACUGGCACCAAAGACGUUGUGUCUACUGGACUCACUGGGGCAGCGAGCAUGGCCAAGGGCACUGUCCAAACUGGCAUGGACACUACCAAGACCGUCUUGACAGGCACCAAAGAUGCAGUGUCCACUGGGCUCACUGGGGCAAUGGGUGUGGCUAAAGGAGCCGUCCAGACCGGCAUGGACACCACCAAGACUGUCCUAACUGGCACCAAAGACGUUGUGUCUACUGGACUCACCGGGGCAGCAAACAUGGCCAAGGGCACUGUCCAAACUGGCAUGGACACCACCAAGACCGUCCUGACUGGCACCAAAGAUGCGGUAUCCACUGGGCUCACUGGAGCAAUGGGUGUGGCCAAGGGGGCUGUCCAGACUGGCAUGGACACCACCAAGUCCGUCCUGACUGGCACCAAAGAUGCAGUGUCCACUGGGCUCACUGGGGCAAUGGGUGUGGCCAAGGGGGUCAUCCAGACUGGCGUGGACACCACCAAGACCGUCCUGACUGGCACCAAAGACGUUGUGUCCACUGGGCUCACUGGGGCAGCGAACAUGGCCAAGGGCACUGUCCAAACUGGCAUGGACACCACCAAGACCGCCCUGACUGGCACCAAAGACGUUGUGUCUACUGGACUCACUGGGGCAGCGAACAUGGCCAAGGGCACUGUCCAAACUGGCAUGGACACUACCAAGACCGUCUUGACAGGCACCAAAGAUGCAGUGUCCACUGGGCUCACUGGGGCAAUGGGUGUGGCUAAAGGAGCCGUCCAGACCGGCAUGGACACCACCAAGACUGUCCUAACUGGCACCAAAGACGUUGUAUCUGCUGGACUCACUGGGGCAGCGAACAUGGCCAAGGGCACUGUCCAAACUGGCAUGGACACCACCAAGACCGUCUUGACAGGCACCAAAGAUGCGGUGUCCACUGGGCUCACUGGGGCAAUGGGUGUGGCUAAAGGAGCCGUCCAGACCGGCAUGGACACCACCAAGACUGUCCUAACUGGCACCAAAGAUGUUGUGUCUACUGGACUCACCGGGGCAGCAAACAUGGCCAAGGGCACUGUCCAAACUGGCAUGGACACCACCAAGACCGUCCUGACUGGCACCAAAGAUGCGGUGUCCACCGGGCUCACUGGGGCAAUGGGUGUGGCCAAGGGGGCUGUCCAGACCGGCAUGGACACCACCAAGACCGUCCUGACUGGCACCAAAGAUGCGGUGUCCACUGGGCUCACUGGGGCAAUGGGUGUGGCCAAGGGGGCUGUCCAGACUGGCAUGGACACCAGCAAGACCGUCCUGACUGGCACCAAAGAUGCAGUGUCCGCUGGGCUCACUGGGGCAAUGGGUGUGGCCAAGGGGGUCAUCCAGACUGGCGUGGACACCACCAAGACCGUCCUGACUGGCACCAAAGACGUUGUGUCCACUGGGCUCACUGGGGCAGCGAACAUGGCCAAGGGCACUGUCCAAACUGGCAUGGACACCACCAAGACCGCCCUGACUGGCACCAAAGACGUUGUGUCUACUGGACUCACUGGGGCAGCGAACAUGGCCAAGGGCACUGUCCAAACUGGCAUGGACACCACCAAGACCGUCUUGACAGGCACCAAAGAUGCAGUGUCCACUGGGCUCACUGGGGCAAUGGAUGUGGCCAAAGGAGCCGUCCAGACCGGCAUGGACACCACCAAGACCGUCCUGACUGGCACCAAAGAUGCAGUGUCCACUGGGCUCACUGGGGCAAUGGGUGUGGCUAAGGGAGCCAUCCAAACUGGCGUGGACACCACCAAGACUGUCUUGACUGGCACCAAAGAUGCGGUGUCCACUGGGCUCACUGGGGCAGUGAACAUGGCCAAGGGCACUGUCCAGACCGGCAUGGACACCACCAAGACCGUCCUGACUGGCACCAAAGAUGCUGUGUCCACUGGGCUCACCAGGGUAGGGCACGUGGCCCGAGGAGGUGUGCAGACUGGUUUGGGCACCGUCCAGAACUGGUUACCUGAUUCCCAGGAAGCCUACUCAAGUGGACUUGUCAGUUCCAGGGCCCCAACUGAAGGAGAGCAAACCAUCCUGAGCCCUCAUGAGGCUCAGUCCUGCGGUGUCUCCAGGCCCCCGGACACUCUCUGUGCAGGCCUGGACCUUGCCGGGGAAGCCACCACCGACACCAAGGGCUUCGUGUCAGCUGAGGCGACAUUCACCCAAGGGGCCGCCCUGGGCAAGGAGGAAGAUGUGGGGCCCGGGGCCACCACUCGUGGCCACGAAGGCGCCCUGAACUUUGCCACACUCCGGGACGAGCUGGAGGAGCUCGGGGAGAUCUUCCAGCCCAUGAGUGCCAAGGAACAAGCUCAGCUGGCUGCCUCCCAGCCCCGGCUGAGGGAGGUCACGGCCGACCAGAGCAGCUACUACGUGCGUCUGGGUGACGUGGCCCCCGGCUUCCGCCAGCGGGCUUUCGAGCACGCCCUGUGGCACCUGCAGCACAGCCAGUUCCAGGCCCAGGACGUGCUGGCCCAGCUCGAAGACACCUUCUUGCUGGUUGAGAAGGCCCAGCAGCCCUGGCAGGAUCUGAGUAGCCACGAGGGAGAAGGAGAGGAGCCAGCCGCCAGGGCUCUGUCCAGGGCCUGCAGCCUCGUCCAGCAGCUGCAUGUGGCCUACAGCACCUUGGCCUCUGGCCUCCAGGGCCUCCCCACCGACCUCCAGUGGCCGCUCAGGCAGGCGCGGCACAGCCUCUGCGAGCUCUACAACGUCGUCUCCUCUGCCGCCUCCGUGGAGGAGCUGCCCACCGAGCUCCUGGCCCAGAGCCGCCAGGAUGUAGGCCAGGCGUGGCAGGGGCUGGAGCAGCUGCUGGAGAGCGUGCAGCACAGCCCUCCGCUCAGCUGGCGGGUGGGGCCCUUCGCUCUGCUCCCCGAUGGGCAGCAGCUGUAG